AGGCCAUUUUGAGUUAUGCUGUUUUGUAACGAUGUUCUGGUGUUGGCAAAGGGUGGUAUAGUAUCUGGAUUCUCCCAUAACCUACCAAUCAACAGUGGACACUGUACCACAGCAUGUCAGGGCAAACUUUUUCCAAACAUUGACGUCCCAGGACACGACGUCGAGGUUCUGCCUUCAGCCUCUCCUGAACACUGUCAGAUAUUGUGCUCUGCUCAUCACCACUGCACCUUCUUUGCUUACGUCAGUUAUCAGUUCAAAUGUUACCUGAAGAAUAAUCCACAUGCAAUGAACCCCAGAUAUGUAGGAGGAAUCACAUCUGGGUUACCAACGCGCUUCUGUCAACUGGAUACCAACUGGCUGCAGCAGAAAUAUGUAGGAGUAGAUUUCCCAUUUGAUGACAUUCGCCAUUUUGUGGUGGGUGACGUUGAGAGGUGCCAGCGAACCUGUACUGACGAUCCUAACUGCCAGUACUACAGCUACAUCACUCACAGUCACCUCUGCUAUCACAAGAGAGUCAUCAUCUUACCUGCUCCUUCAAGAGUUAUCAAGUUGGCCAAUCUCGUGUCCGGCUUCUCCCUGAAGAACUGUCCCUAAAAACUGUAAUUACAUUGUUUGAACCCAACAAUAAACAUAAACAGCCAUGAUAAACACAUAUUCAAUGUAAUCCAUAAUCACUAUAAUCCAAUAAAUGAUUCAGCAGCAA